GCGGAGGGAGCCGAGCGUUCCGAGGGUGGGGCGGGGGCAGGUGUCAGUCAGGUCGGGAGCGCGAGGGGGACUGCGGAGACCCCGGCGGCUGACAGGGCGCCGGCCGCUGCCGUGCUGUCCGCCCAAGAUGGAGUUCCUGCUGGGGAACCCGUUCAGCACCCCGGUGGGGCAGUGCCUCGAAAAGGCCACAGAUGGCUCCCUGCAAAGCGAGGACUGGACAUUGAACAUGGAGAUCUGCGACAUCGUCAAUGAGACAGAGGAAGGGCCAAAGGAUGCCAUUCGAGCCCUGAAGAAGCGGCUGAACGGGAACCGGAACUACAGAGAAGUGAUGCUGGCAUUAACAGUGCUGGAGACCUGUGUGAAGAACUGCGGCCACCGCUUCCACGUCCUCGUGGCCAGCCGAGAUUUCAUCGACGGCGUUCUGGUCAGAAUCAUCUCUCCCAAGAACAACCCGCCCACUAUCGUGCAGGACAAGGUGCUGGCCUUGAUCCAGGCGUGGGCCGACGCCUUUCGAAGCAGUCCUGACCUCACGGGUGUUGUGCAUAUAUAUGAGGAGCUGAAGAGGAAAGGGGUCGAGUUUCCUAAUGCAGAUUUGGACGCUCUGUCUCCCAUACACACACCGCAGCGGAGUGUCCCUGAAGUGGAUCCAGCCGCCACCGUGCCCAGGUCCCAGGCGCAGCAGAGGACAAGUGCCGGCUCCUUUUCCUCGCCUCCUCCUCCUCCCUUCUCCGCACCGCAGGCCCCGGCUCUGAGUGUGACCGGCCCCAUCACAGCCAAUGCAGAACAGAUCGCCAGGCUGCGGAGCGAACUGGACAUUGUUCGAGGAAACACAAAAGUCAUGUCUGAGAUGUUAACGGAAAUGGUUCCUGGGCAGGAAGAUUCAUCUGAUCUGGAGUUGCUACAGGAGCUGCACAGGACCUGCCGGGCCAUGCAGCAGCGCGUGGUGGAGCUCAUCUCGCACGUGUGCAACGAGGAGGUCACCGAGGAGCUGCUGCGCGUCAACGACGACCUCAACAACGUCUUCCUCAGAUACGAGAGGUUCGAGCGAUUCCGGUCCGGCCGCUUGGUCCAAAACGCCAGUAACGGGGUACUGAGUGAAGUGACCGAGGACAACUUAAUAGACCUGGGGCCAGGGUCUCCCGCCGUGGUGAGCCCCAUGGUGGGGAGCACGGCACCCCCACCUUCCCUCUCAUCCCAGCUUGCUGGCUUGGACCUGGGGGCAGAGAGCGUCAGCGGCACCCUGAGUGCACUCCAGCAGUGCGCCCCUCCGGACAGCACUGGCACGUGCGCCCAGACCACAGGGAGCUCCUCAGCCGAACAGCGCAAGGCGGUAACCUGUGAGGACCCCCAGGCUGCCGGAGGACUCCCUUCUGCCCUACACAGUCGGAAACAGAUCUCCGAAGUGGAGAGAGUUAAAGGUGGGGACGCUGACCUGGAGCCCAUAGACAGCUGGCUCGUGACCCAAGGAAUGAUCCCCGUUGCGCAGCCCUCUGUCAUGGACGACAUUGAGGUGUGGCUCAGGACCGACCUGAAGGGCGACGACCUGGAGGAGGGCGUCACGAGUGAAGAGUUUGAUAAAUUCCUUGAAGAAAGGGCCAGAGCUGCUGAAAUGGUUCCCAACCUGCCCUCGCCCCCAGCGGAGGCGCCCAGCCCAGCCGCCAACCCCUCCAGCCAGAGGAAGCCCACGCGCUCCGAGGACGCCCUCUUCGCCCUGUUCCCCCACUGUCUCCUCCGGGGGGCCAGCCUCGGGACAGUCAGUGCCCUGGGACUGGCUCCUGAGCAGACCCUGGGGCUGUCUCUCCUCUGGUCGCUUUCAUCACUCAGCAGCGAGCCUAGACCAAGGCGUCCACACAGCCCACACUCUGCUGGCCGGGGGGAGCCAAGGGUAUGGGGAGGGCAGCCCAGGCCACUGGACAGUGGGCACCGGCACCUGCUUAGCUCCUGUGGAAUUGCACUCCACUGCAGCCCUACUGUGUGCUUCCCUCAUGCAGUGCCCGUCUGGGGGGUGGCACGGGAGGUGUCACUCUGCUAGCUUGGGCAAGUUUGUGGGCGUAUGAGCAUGCCAUGCUUGGGGCUUUGGCCUGGCCUUGGCAGCCUCUGCCCUGCCUCCAGGCCUCCCUCCAGACAGCUGGGCCAGGCUUGCAGACCCAGAGCCUGCAGGGCCAGAGCAGCACUGAGGCUCCCGCUAGCUCCUGGCACGGCCCCAGCCUCUCCACAGGCUGUUCUGACAUCCUGACCUCCCUCCCCAGACCCCAGCCACGAUGUGUAUUCUCUCCCAGCCAACCCAGCAGCUAACAACCUGGGGCCGAGUCCUCGCUGGGUGUCUCCCGGCCCUGGGUGAGGCGCACAGAGCCUGACCCACGCCGGGCACGGAACUACGGCGCAGCAGCUCAGCGCCGCCCGUGACCUCGGGGCACAGGUCAGUGUCCGGCGCGCACUGCCCAGGUGCUGGGGUCAGACAUGGCCAGGCCACUGUGUCCCCAACCCAGGGCGCAGCCUUUCCCGCCCGGGGUGCAGGUGGAGACGUGCUGCAGGCUCGGACCAGCCCGGGCCACGCUGAACACCCACAGGACCCUUCCUGGUGAGAAGCGAGGCGUGCCCCCCAGAGCCCGUGCCCAGUGUGGGCCGCUGCAGCCUCCUCCAGAAAAAAGGCUUUGGGGCCAGGCCGGGGCCGUCUGGCAGGACCAGCAGGGGACACCCAGGAAGCACUGGGAGCUUGGCCGCAGCUUCCAGCCCUGCAUCUCUGGCUGCACUCACCCCUGCACCCGGCGGUGGCACGCAGCUCUCCUUGUCCUGAGGGAGCUCUCCGAGGCCAGCCUGGAGGCCACACGCCGGAAGUCCGCUGGCUGGUGGCAGUGGUACCCAGCAGCCCCGCUGCGUCCUGGCCUGAGCCGGGGCCUCGGGGCCACUCCUGCAGGAGCCACAGCACCACCCGCGUGCUCGGAGCAGAGCCAGCCUCCUGUCUUGCUGAGGGGCUGAGGGAGAGGAGGCUGCCGGCAAGGAAGCACGCACCUGCCUUGGGAGGCGCAGCCCUCACACCGCGGGCCAGAGCGCCCCCUGCAGCGGGCAGCAGGUGGUGUGGUGGGCUCCGGUGGGCAGCAGGAAGGUGCUGGCCCAGCAGAGCAGUCACCAGCCCCAGCCUGGAGCCACCCCUCCCGCUCACACAGCAUGUCCAGGGCCGCCUGCCUACCUCGAGGCUGCAGUGGCCUCGCUCGAGGCCUCACAGGAAGCGGGAACAGGCCAGGCACCUCGAGGGGCUGCUCAGCCCUCCUGCGCCCUCGCAGCUUCUGGACCCCUUCCUGGGGACCACAGCCCUCAGGCCCCUGUUUGGGGCGGGGGGGCCCUGGGAGGAGGCUGGCGGGGCCCCCCAGAGAGGCAAGAGGACCCUCGCAGCCGCCAGUCCCACCAGGUCAGAGGUCAGACACUAUGUGCUCAGUUACACUAAGUUAUUCCUGGGAGUCCUUGUCAACACUAAUUAUACCUGGUUACAGGUUAAAAUAUUUAUUUUGUCACAAUGUUUCCCUGGGGUGUGUGGGACCUUUUCUGUGUUCGUUGUGCUGAGAUGUGAAGACCAGCCGCUCCCUCCGGCCUGCCUCCGGGCGGUGGGCAGCAGAGGGCCAGCACAGCAUGCGGGACCGGUCAGGGCUUCGUGAAGGGCUGGUGCUGCCUGGGCCAGCCUCCCGCCUGUCGGCCUCAGUGUCGGCGAGGGGCUGCCUGUCCGAGGCCUGCCUGGGCUCGCUGCCCUGCCCGGCCCUUCCUCACCCGGGGUCCCAGCCAGGGGCCCGGGGUGCGCGUGCUGUCACUCAGGUCCCCGGCUGGGAGGCCGGGGCAGGGCUCAGUCCACACUCCCGCUCCUCCUCUUCCUUCCUGCCGACACCCCCAGUUCGCCUCCACACACACAAUGCUUCUCACUCAGUCCAGCCCCGCCUUCCGGAAGUUUCCAGGAUGCUGUGGGCCCGCUAGGGAAAAGCGCCGCAGAGGGGCCGUGCUCUCCCCGGCCUCGGGCCACCCACCGUGAGCCUCGCCACCUCCCCAGCCAGCAGAUGCCCAGUGCUGCCCGUCUCCCUGUAGCGCCACCGCGGUCCCCGGAGCCGCUGCUGCCCUGGCCUCCGGGCUGUCCUAGAGAAAGGGACGGACAUUAACGCCUACAGUUCGCGCUCAUGUGUGAGGCUCGGGGUUGCGGGACCACGGGAAGGAGUGUGUGGUGUGGUCCUUCAUCCCAGGAGCCUGUGUGGUCAGUGCCCAGCAGACUGGUCUGGAGGCGGGUCUUGCAUGUAAACUACCCCCAAUAAACAAACAGGUGGUUCCUGUGAA